AUGCGCUCUCUCGUCUCUCUCGGAGUACUCGCGCUUCUCUGCGUGCUUACCUUCUACCGCGCUGGUCUCGACGUCGUGAAGACCCUCUCACCGCAGGGAUGUCGCAUGUCGUGGAUGUCACCAUCCUAUGUCCUGCAGGCUGGCUUGAAUACCAGCUGGACGCCUCUCGCAUCCCGCUACUCACUCUUCCUGUACCGCGAAGUUGGCUGGGAGGGCCCUGUUGAGCUCCGUGGCUCUCCAGUACUCUUCAUCCCCGGCAAUGCUGGUUCGUCGCAUCAAGUGCGCUCGAUAGCAUCCUCUGCGACGCGCCAGUACUUCUCUUCUCCAUACCAUGUUUCGCCCGUCUUCGAGCCCGGUCCCCAGCAGCCUGUGGACUUCUUUGCUCUCGAAUUCAACGAGGACUUGUCCGCAUUUGACGGUCAUACUUUGGAUGCCGAGACGGACUAUGCUCGUGCUGCCGUCGACUACAUCCUCUCCCUCUACGAAAAACCUACGUCCAUCAUCAUUUUGGGUCACUCCAUGGGCGGCACCGUUGCGGUCUCUCUGCUUCCGCACCCGAACGUCUCCGCUCUCAUUACAAUGUCUACUGCGCAAACACUUCCUCCUGCUCGGCUCGAUCGCCGCAUAGACAGCAUACUGGCAAGAAACCUCCAGAUCCUGCGAGAAGACCCUACGCCCGUUCUAUCAUUAUGUGGGGGUGCGACCGAUCUGCUCGUACCGGCCGAGUCGUGUAUUCUGCCUGUUCCAGAAGCAAGCGGAGGCGUUUCAGGUCCCUAUCGACGGACAGUGUUCACCAGCGCUCUGGAGGGGGCCUGGACUGGCGUCGGACAUAAAGAGAUGGUCUGGUGCCACCAGGUGCGCUGGCGCGUCGCGAGAGCGGCGAUCGAAGUGGCUGCUGUGGCAGGGCAUCCGCCAGAGGUCCGCGGACAGGUUCUGGAUAGAUGGCUCCGGGACGGGCACGUCCCCCCUACGCCUGUUACGGACGGCUACAAAGACAACCUAGACUUGAGGGCACUUCGACCAGAGGAAGUGCAAUACUCCGACGCGCUACUCCUUCGAGGACCUACCCAGCCGCGCACCUAUCUCCUCCCAGUCCCCGAGGUACCCGCACAAUCGAGCAGCCCAUUUGUUCUCUACAUGUCCCGUGGGUCAAUCGCCCCCGUAUCGCCUCACCAUCCUCUCCCCCUUCGAGUCUCCGUCUACCUCUGCCCCUCGUCUGCUCACACGCCGUGUACGCGUCUUGUGCCUACGGAGCUCAAGCUCGUACCGGAGCCAGUGCCGGGAAAGCCGUUCCCCGUGCCCGAUGAAGGGUCUGACGAGAGCGAGGGAGUGGUUGUGUUCGUGGCAGACAUCACAGCUGGUACCUCAGAACAGCAUCAGCAUGUCGCGGUGACGAUUGAGGGUGCGGAUGGGCGAGGUUGGUUGACAGCGAGCUUUGUUCACAAUGAACCGGCUGUAAAUGACUUGGGGAUGUUCGGGUUGCUCUGGGCGGGGUCGAAGAUCGAUACCCUAGCAAGUUCACCCCGCGCGAAGAUAGCAUUCCCGAACCUACUCUCCGACUCAUUGAUAGUGUACAAGGUGUUACCUACGUUGAAGGAACCCACAACAUGUACAGAUGCACUCUUGCCGCCACUUCUCGAGCAUACCUCCGGCCACAUUGAGACGCACUACUUCUCUCUCCUCCAGUCCCAGCCACACCACGACAUACUCCUCCACUCCCACUCCUCAGGCCCAUUCGUCUCCGCCCCUCUCUACGGGUUCAACCUAACCGUUUAUACCUCCCACGACCAGUCAUGCGCGGUGGAGAGCCUGCACAUCUCCGUUAGCUGGUGGGGCACACUCGGGAGAUGGGGUACACGAUACGCGCAGGCAGUCGUCGCCUGGGGAGUCGGCGGCGUCGCGCUCGCGCUGCACCAUGCUUGGGGCGCUGGAGAGGGACCCAGCCCAGUACCAAGUGUCAGUAAAUCGCUAGCCCAUCUGGCGGCCCGAUGGCUGCCGAGGAUGCUUGUGUCCAGUGUUGUUGUGUCCUUCCUACCACUUCCGGCGGGGAUGUGGCUUGGGAAUGUCGGCGCGCCGGUGUUGGCGGGCGUUGCCCCUUUGUUGCUGCUUGUGGUGGCGGGGCUGGCGUGUGUCAGUUGGGCUGUGAUGAGUGUUGUUCUCGCAGCUGCGUCAAGAGCGCUGUCAUGCGGUCCUCGCAGACCAGCAAGGUCAAAAGAGGUCAUCGGAGCACGAAGGAAUGCCCUUUUCUCGAUGCUCUUCGUCUUCAUCCUGAUUGUGGUAUUCAUACCAUGGCAGGUCGCCUUCCUGUGUGCGUGGAUCUACCACUUCUACACGUGCGCAACUAGCGGCGCUGUCGUCCGUUCAGCAUCGAGGAACCCGAAAGAAACCUCGAUUCCACUCAUGUCCCGUGAAGGGCCUAGCAAUCCGUCAUCUCCUGUUCCUACAUCACCGACAUCGCCUAUUACUAGCCCCACACUUGGCUCAUUCGAUGCUUUGAUGUCAAAACACAACAUGAACAGACACAUCCUCCUGCUCAUGACAUGGCUACUUCCUAUAGCCGCCCCUGUACUCGCAGUUUGGGUGCGUACGCUCGCGGGAUCCGGACUUCAGGCUGUAUGGGGCGCCGGCUCGGGGUGGGGCUGGAGCUCAGACCGAAACGUGCUGAUUGUCGCGCCAUGGCUCGUAUUGGUUGAAUGGGCAGGUGUAGGCGGUUCGUUACUUGGCCCUUCUUUCGGCGGACCAAUGUUGCGCCCAAGACACGGCAUGCUAGCCAUCGCGCUCGCUGCAUUCUUUGCUGGACCUCGGUCGCCCUACUUCGUCUUCGAGGUAGGGAGCGUGGCGAUGAUGUUCGUGUGUGCGGUUGCGAUCGGGCCGCGUUACUGGGGCAGAGGAUGA